CCCGCCGUGUCGUUGGCCGCGCACCAUGGAAAUCCUCCUCUCUCCUCCCUCGCUUGCCCCUUCAUUCCUCCACUAUUGCUCCUAUCCCACUAUUAUCUCCCGCCAUGGUCGUAUACGACCCUGAGGCCGCGCUGCCCACUGCAAAGAAGAAGCCCAUCAACCGUCAGUCGCGCUCCUGCAAGGUCUGCCGCCUCCGUAAGGUCAAGUGCGAUCGCGUCAAGCCCUGCCAUGCCUGUUGCGCCCACGGAUACCCCUCCAAGUGCGUCUUCGAGGUUAUUCCCGAUGACGAGGGCCCCAUCAUCCAAGCCGACGAGAUCCGCAAUCUCCGCUUGGAGAUCCGUGAUCUGAGGUCUCGAAUUGAUAGCUAUGAUCAUCGCAUGCGAAGUCGAAAACGCCUCGCCAAGCUCAAUGGCUUCUUCGACUCCAUCCGCUCUGCGCCACUGGAAGUCGUGGAUCAGCUCGUCGGCGGGAUCCGAAAUGCCCAUAAUAAUGCAUUGAAGAAGCAGGUCGUCUCGGUGGGGCCAUGGGAGGGAUCAGAGGAUCUCCCGCUUCGAAGACAAAUUUCCCAGGGCGAUGAGGAUGUGGAAGAGGUGUUUAUCGACGAUUCGGACCGGUCGGCAUCUUUCAACUUUGCCUCUCCCUUUGAGGACAGCGAUGAUUCCUCCUCGUCGUCCUCGUCUCUCGGUCCUCCGAUUUCCUCGGCCAGGCCGGCAUUGGAUCUGUUUGUCGAACGCUUCGUCGAUGCCUUCAGCCCUCAGGUCAACCACAAGCACGGACGAGCGGGAGCCCUUCGCGCAGCGGCCGGAAUCCGCAUGUUCUCCCCUAUGAUUUCGGAGGCUUAUGAAGCCGUCUCGAUGGCUUUCUUUGGCCGAUCCAUUGGACAUAAACAGCUCGAGCUUACUGGGUUUGAGCGGAAUUUCCGCGUGCUAAAAGGGCUACAACAAGCGUUGCAGGAUCCGGAGCGGAGCAAGGCGGAAUCGACGUUGGUGACUGUCAUUCUUCUGAUGGCGUUUGAGAGUGUCGAGAGUACCUCGAGCGGAUCGGUCGCUGCCCAUGUUCACGGUGCGUUGCGUCUGAUUGAGCAUCGCGGACCGGAGAAUCACAUGUACGGAGUCGAACAUUUGCUCUUUACCGAACUCCGACCAUACUGGGUCGGUGCUGCUCUUAUCACUCGCUCUGCAACAUUCCUCAACCAAGAAGAAUGGAAAACAAUUCCCUGGUCGGCUGGUACGACCACAAAAGACCUUGUCCACUACCUCCUCGACCUGGCCGUUGAGAUCCCCGGCAUUCUCGAAGAAUACGAUAACCUCAAUGCCGCACUCUCCACCACCAUCCUCAGCGCCCACGAAAAAACAGUUAAACAAGCUUCCCUAUGGAACAACGUCGCUGACGUUACUCUCCGCUUCUACGAAUGGAAACGCGUCAUGGUCGACAACUACCCAGAUGGACCCCCUGAAGAAGUCCCCGCCGGCCCAGAGCCCAACGGCAACGAAGGCUUCCCUAUCUUCCGGUGUCAGAACCCCCGCACCGGCGAAAUCAUCACCCCCACCAAAUUCUCCUACCCAGACCUCCGUCUCGCCCAGUCGAUGUGCGUCUAUUGCGCAUUCCGCCUCAUCCUCUCAUCAGCCGACACUCGUCCUGAAGACCGCGUGGGACCUCUAGAACAAUACGGUCUUGCCUGUUACAUCUGCCGCAGUCUAGAAUGGUACAUCCUCACCGCGCCAGGAAACAUGAUCAACCGACUCGCAUUUCCCGUCCGCGUAGCCUGGGAGGGUCUGCCAGACGGCGGCCCAGAACAGGAAUUCAUGGUCAAAGUACUCAAACUAGUCGAGCAGCGCCAUUCCCUCGGUUUGUGGGGCGGUAAAAUGCGCGAGUUCUCGCCUCGUUCUGGAUCUCCGCCCGGAGUGGCAUCCCCGCCGAAGGAGGAAUAAUCUGUGAUUCAGUUGGCAGAUCGCAGGUCGAAGUCAACGGACAAGGGGGUACCUACCUCCAAUGAAUGUACGACAUUGAAUGAUUGUCGCUUUUUUCGUUCUGUUUCUGUUUGGUUAUGGAGUAUGGGUUUUAUGGUGUAUCGAUUGUGGAUUGUUUGUAUGUUCUUAGCUUGGGAUAUUGUAUUGUAUGGGUGUAACUGUUAUACUUGGAUACCUAAUGACGGUUUCGGGGUUGUCUAAUCACAUUUUAUCAUUUCU